GCCCGCUGGAGGGGAAAGUGCGUAAUUGUUUAGCCUCUGCAGCUCCACCAAACUUCACUACCAGCUGCUUGCUCACCUUUCCUUUUCUUCUUUUCUUCAUCUUCUUCCUCCCCUGCUCUGCUCACUUGUUUGGUGGGGGCGAGCUCGCAUUGCCUCCUCUUGCUGCAGUCCUUCCGAGGGGCCAUGUCGACAACGAAGGGCGUCGACGACGAGUUCCUCGGCGUCGGCGACAAGCCAGGGCUGGAUAUCUGGUGUAUUAUGGGCACCAAUGUAGUCCCAAUUGCAAAAUCCUUCCAUGGCAAGUUCUACACUGGGAACUGCUAUAUCAUACUCCAUACAGCUGAAGUCAAGAGCGGAACUCGAAGGCAUAAUGUGCAUUACUGGAUAGGGGAGGAGGCCAAAGAGGAAGAUUGUUUGAUGGCCUCUGACAAGGCCGUUGAGUUGGAUGCGGCGCUGGGCUCUCACGCGAUCCAGUACAGGGAAACACAAGGCGAAGAAUCCGACAAGUUCUUGUCAUACUUCAAACCAUGCAUCAUCCCUGUACAAGGUAGCUUCUCUUCGCACUGGAGAAGAUCUGGGGAUGAAUGCGACGGGACCACGAUGUUUCGGUGCGAAGGAGAGCAUGUAGCUCGUCUAAGAGAAGUUCCAUUUUCGCGGUCCUCUCUGGAUCAUAAGGCGGCAUUUAUAGUGGACACACCAUCCAAGAUUUUUCUUUUCAGCGGUUGUCAUUCUUGCAUACAAACAAGGGCUAUGGCACUAGAUGUCAUAAAGCAUCUGAGAGAAAACCGACACUGCGGCAGAUGUGAGAUCGGGAUAAUAGAGGAUGGAAAGCUUGCUGGUGAUUCAGAUGCUGGUGAGUUUUGGAACCUCUUUGGAGGCUAUGCGCCUAUUCCUCGUGAUGUACCAGACGCAGCCAAUGGGGGACCGAUGACUACCUCACCCAAGAAACUUUUUUGGAUUAACAAGAGAAUCCUUGUUCCCAUGGAGACACAUGUUUUAGAAAGAGAAAUGCUGAAGUCCGACAGAAGUUACAUACUGGACUGUGGAGCUGAAAUAUUCUUGUGGAUAGGGAUGACAACACUAGUUUCAGAGAAGAAGACAUCUGCUACCGCAUUAGAGGAGUACGUACACUUACAAGACAGAUCAUCAAUUGGCCGCACUGUUAUAAUGACUGAAGGUCAUGAAAUUGUCGAUUUUAAGCUGCAUUUUCAGCAUUGGCCUAAGAAUGUUGUGCAGAAGUUGUACGAGGCAGGGCGGGAGAAAGUGGCAGCAAUUUUCAAGCAUCAGGGAUAUGAUGUUGCAGAAAUUCCAGAUGAUAAACCUCGGCAGCUCAUCAGUAGUAAUGGUUGUCUGAAGGUCUGGCUGGUGGACCGUGGUUGUGUAACACUCCUUUGCACCGAGGAGCUGGAGCAACUUUACAACGGAGAUUGCUAUAUCAUACAGUACAGCUACGCUGAAGAUGGAAAAGAUUAUCAUCUGUUCCUUGCUUGGUUUGGACAAGAUAGUGUACAGGAAGAUAGAGUUGCCACAGUUUCAUUGAUGUCAAGCAUGGCUGAUUCAGUCAAAGGACGUGCAGUUGUGGGGCAAGUGCUUGAGGGCAGAGAACCAGAGUUGUUUUUCCUAGUAUUCAAGUCACUGAUCAUAUUCAAGGGUGGCAGGAGUACUGCAUAUAAGAACUCUAUUCUGCAGAAAAGCAAUAGAACUGAACUGUACCAGAAAGAUGGGGCCGCAUUAUUCCGGGUUCAAGGGCUGAGACCUGAUUGCAUACAAGCCAUUCAGGUUCAUCUGGCUGCAAGUUCGCUUAAUUCGUCACACUGUUACAUUUUGCAAGACGGCGCUUCUUUCUUUACAUGGCUAGGAAGUCUUUCUUCACCCAGUGACCAUGUUCUACUUGAUAGAAUGAUGGAUAAGUUGUGUCCACUGAAGCAAUCAUUGUUAGUAAGAGAAGGUUCUGAACCUGACCGUUUCUGGACAACAUUAGGAGGAAGAUCAGAAUACUCCAAAGAAAAGUGUGUCAAGGGUUGGCCAACAGAUCCACAUCUGUAUACGUGUACUUUUCAACAAUGUCUGUUCAAGGCAAAGGAGGUAUUCAGCUUCUCGCAGGAUGAUCUGGCAACUGAGGAGACGUUGAUACUGGACUGCGGCGAACAAAUCUUCGUCUGGGUUGGACUUCACUCAGGUGUCACGUCCAAGGAGCACGCCCUCGACUUCGGCAAGAUGUUCCUUCAGGCAGGCAUUGCUUGGGAUGGGCCACGGUCGAUCACUGACACAACCGUGUAUGCUGUCGCGGAAGGCGAUGAACCUGCAUUUUUCACCAGCUUCUUCAACUGGGAUAGCUCAAAACAAGCUGCAGCUAUGCUGGGCAACUCAUUUGAGAGGAAGCUGGCAAUGCUGAAAGGGCUUUCACCAAAAUUGGAGUCACCGGACAGGAGCUUGCGCAAGUCUUCGUCGCGAAGACAGGGGAUGUUGUCAGAGCCGACGACGCCGGAGCAGCAGCAGCAGCAGCAGCAGCAGCCGGCCGCGAGGAGGACGUUCGGGUCUGCCUCUGCCGGGAGGACCGCUAGGGAGAGACUGCCGCCAUCUUCAUCGGCAGCGUCGGCGUCGCCGGCAACACCACCCUGGUCUCUCAAGAGCCGCGCGUCGUCGUCGCUGUCGACGCCAGCAACGGCGCGGCGGCUCUUCCCUUCCUCCUCGCUGCACGCGCCGGGGACAGCGGCCGCACAUCUCCCCUCCCCUACGGCCAUAGGGAGUCCUGGUCGACGACGGUGAGCAGAGCUCCCUGGUGCACACCGGAGGAGGAUAGGUGAAACCUGUACCUGUACUGUAACAUACGCCCGAUAUUGAGAGAAGUGCAUAUUACAGCCCCCAACUCUAGCCCUAAUCUAAUAUACAUCCCCCAACUUCAAUACCAUUUAAUAUACAUCUCUCAACUCUCAAAACUGGUCAUAAUUCAACCAUCCUCUCCCUGUUGACCGGUUUUGACCCAGUUUGAUCGGUUUUGACUGAGUGAACAGUAAAAAUGAAAUUUUAAAAACAAUAAAUACUUUUUUUGGAAAAAAGUCAAAAAAGUUCCAAGUUUUUUUCACCGUGUGGACAGUAAAUUUUAAAAAUAAUCAUCUUUUCAUGCUUCAGCAUGUUUGGACACCUAAGUAAAUUCGAGAUGUCCGUAAAUUCAAUUUAUUUUUUCAAAAUUUCAGCUUGGUGAACAGUAAAAUUGAUUUUUUUUGUAAAAAACCCUUUUUUUUGCAUGGAUGAUGUUUGAGCGCGUGGUGAUUUUUUUGGAUUUUUUCCCGAAUUACUGUUCACCAUGCUGAAAAUUUUGAAUUUUUUUCGAAUUUAUGGACAUCUCAAAUUUACUCACGUGUCCAAACAUGCUGAAAAAGUGAUUUUUUUUAAUUUACUGUUCACGCGGUGAAAAAACUUGAAACUUUUUUGAAUUUUUUCAAAAAAAGUAUUUUUGUUUUUUAAGUUUAUAUUUUUUACUGUUCACUCAGUCAAAACCGGUUAAACUGGGUCAAAACCGGUCAACAGGAAGGGGAGGGUUGAAUUCUAGCGGUUUUGAGAGUUGGGGGUGUAUUUUAGACGGUAUUGGAGUUGAGGGGUGUAUAUUAGACUAGGGCUAGAGUUGGGGGGUGUAAUAUGCACUUCUCUCCCCGAUAUUUGCUUGCCCAUCAGAGAACGUGAUUUCGCCUCGUCCUAGGCUAAUCAGAACGAAAAUGUCAUAAAAACUAGUACUCCAUCCGUUCGUUUUUAUAAGAUGUUUUGGACAGCCA